AGUCUGUGACAACCGCAACGGUUUUUAAGACGAGCUUGAGUGAUAGCGUUACUUGUAAUUAUUAUUCUUGGAAAAAAACAUAUUUUCACAGUAUUUUAUUGAAGUAACUAUUUGAAAAUGGAUACAAGUGGUCCCAGCACUAACACGAAAAGCCGAGGAAAUCAAAAUAUUCAGGUCUAUCUGCGUGUUCGGCCACUGUCUGUCCGGGAGCAUCAUCAGCGUUCAGUUGAAGUAGUGGAAGUUCCCACAAACCGGGAUAUUCAGGUGCGACAGACGCACGAUGCGAAGAUCGCCAAGAAAUUCACAUUUGAUCGAGUGUUUGGGGAUAAGUCCAAACAAAAGGAUGUCUACCAUACAGUCGUGGCUCCUUUUAUCGGUGAAGUCCUCAGUGGGUACAAUUGCACGGUAUUUGCUUACGGACAGACAGGCACGGGAAAGACGUACACGAUGGUGGGCGAUGAGGCUCCUCUGCUAAAGGCAUCCUGGGAGGAUGAUAGUCCACUUGGUAUCAUCCCAAGGGCAGUGGUGCAUCUCUUUGAUGAACUGCGAAUGAUGGAUGUUGAGUUUUCCAUGAGAAUAUCCUAUUUGGAGUUGUACAAUGAGGAGCUGUGCGACCUCUUGGCAACAGAGGACAACAAGAUUCGCAUCUACGAUGAUACCACAAAGAAGGGAUCUGUCAUUGUUCAUGGACUCGAGGAAAUUCCAGUCCACAGCAAAGAUGAUGUUUACAAGCUCCUGGCUAAAGGUCAGGAGAGGCGGAAAACUGCAACAACGCUCAUGAAUGCUCAAUCAUCUCGCUCUCACACGGUCUUCUCAAUUCUCGUGCACAUUAAAGAGAAUGGUAUCGAUGGUGAGGAGAUGCUGAAAACUGGUAAGCUCAAUCUGGUUGAUUUAGCGGGCAGUGAGAAUAUCACAAAGGCAGGAAAUGAGAAGGGUAUAAGAACGCGUGAGACUGUAAAUAUUAAUCAGUCUCUAUUGACUUUGGGACGGGUAAUAACGGCUCUGGUUGAGCGUCAGCCUCAUGUGCCAUAUCGUGAGUCAAAGUUGACGAGAUUGCUGCAGGAGUCUCUGGGUGGACGCACAAAAACAUCGAUUAUUGCAACAAUUUCGCCUGGACACAAGGAUCUGGAGGAGACAUUGAAUACAUUGGAUUAUGCCCAUAGGGCCAAGAACAUUCAGAAUCGACCUGAAAUUAAUCAGCGACUGACCAAGAAGACUGUACUGAAGGACUACACGGAGGAGAUUGAUAGAUUGAAGAGGGAACUCAAUGCUGCCAGAGAGAAGACCGGGGUUUUUCUGCCGAAAGAUGAUUACGAGAGUAUGAUGCAAAAUUUUGAUAGUCACAUUAAGGAGCUCAAUGAGAAAAUGUUGAUGAUACGUGCCCUCAAGGAUGAAUUGGAGAAGAAGGAAGCGGUGUUUCUGGAAUUGCAGAAGCAUGUGGUGCAGACGACGUUACAGCUUAAAAGGACUGAGCAGAAGUACGAGGAGACAACGCAUUUGGUCAAAGCUCAUGAGGCUACGGAGAAAAAGCUGACGGGUCAGGCAAGGAGUCUCAUUGAGGUGGCUGAUGAAGCAUCUGGGGAUACGUAUGGACUACACGAGGCACUGAAGCGUAGAAAAAUUGUCGAUGGGACGAUAAAUAAGACUGUGGAGAAUUUUGUUGAAGAAUUGAAUGGAAAAAUUGGACAAGUUCACAGCAAAGUCAUCAAUUUUCGGCAAAAUAUUGACAUUCAAUCUUUUGAAAUUGGUCAGGAGUUGGAAAAAAAUUCCAAUCGGCAGAAAGUAUCAGCCAAUGAGAUGCGAACGCAACUUUUAGCAAUGGAAAAUCUCAAUAGAACCUCUUCUAUGGAAUCUGUAGAGAUUUUUGACAAUUUUCGUCAAUGCCUUGGCCAAAUGUCCGAUAAAAAUUGUGAAAAACUCACUGAAAUGCUCCAGGAGAUUGAAUUGCGACAGAAGAACUAUCAUGAAGAGAUGCAGGCACAUGUGGAUCAGGUGAAAAGUCUCGAGGCGAGAAGAAAGGAGAAUUUUGAGAAUCUUUUAGGGAAUAUGGAGAUUUUUCAGAAAAAUACCCAUGAUAAUGUGGAACACUACAUGGAAUUCAGUAUGGACUUUUUGAAGCAGCUCCGAGAGCAUUUGGAAGUGAUCCUAGUGGAACGCAAUGAAGAGAUGAGACAGAGAAUUAUGGAAAAUGAAGAGACAUUUGAGAAUAUUUCGAAAGAAAUGAUGGCUGCAAGAGAAAAAAAUAAAUCUCUACUGGCUCUUUUGAAUAAUAAUUCCAAGGAUAAGGAAAUAAUUGAUGAUAAAUCCAAUAAAUUGCAAAUGCAGGCAACAGAAUUUCGUGAAAAUGCCAUCAAUAGUCGGGCUACAAUGGACAAAGAUCGACAGAAUUUCGAAGAGAAGAGCGUAGAAAUUGCAAAAGAUCACAAAGAUAUGAUGGAAAAGUUCAGUGAAAAGAAUGAUGGCAAUUUUGAGUUUCUCAUUGAGGAAAUGGCUAAUUUGACAGAAGUUCUGGGUACACAGAGGGACAAUUUAAAGGCAGAAGCUGAUGAAUUGGGUAGAAAAAUCCAUGAAAAUCAUAAAAAUUCCACGGAAAAUUUCCACUUGAAAAUUCAAACUGCGAUAGAAGAUGUAGAUAAAGAGGAAUCUGCUACAAUUGACACGCAGAAUUCUGUUAAUGUUAUCAUCGGUCAAACAAAAGAUUCAGCUGAUGAUUUUAAGGACUUCAUCUGCAAUGUGGUUCAACGAAUGGAGAGUGACAUCAACAAUCUCUACAUGAACGACUUGAAGACAUACACAUCAACAGGUGAAACCCCUGUUCGGAGAGAGUUCAAGUAUUCGAGAGAAUUAGCUGCAACAUCACCUCAUGAGAGGAUUCUCAAUCGCUUCCGGACAACUCUCAAUCGAAUCUCAUCGGGAUCACAAGCAUCAGGUGAAAACUUACAAAGUAAUCAAGAGGAGUUGGAUGUUUUGCCAGAGAGACCACAGGUGUCUUCCACGCCACUUCACAACAACGUUGAAACUCGAUGUUUGAGAGAACUCAAUUCCAACACGGUCAUCACCUCUACUCUUGCUAGAAAAGAUGACCUUAGGAAUACAUCUGUAAUUGAGAUAUCUUCCGACGAAGUAGGACUUCAAUGAUUCAACUAUAUUUAGUUUUAUUUACUUAUUGCACCUCUCUUCGUUUCAGGAAAACCGGUAAGUUCUCCAAUGAUUUUGUCAAAUAGGUUUAAUUAAUUAUUCGAUUUGGAAAAUACAAUGCUUUUUAUACAUUUACUCUAAUCUUUAAUAAAUGAUAUCUUUCGAAAAUA